AUGACCAUACACCAUCAACGUGACUCCACCACUGAACUCACCUCUUCAUUCACAGCCCUUUGUCAACGCACGUCAGCAUCCAAGAUGCUUCUCCGUGAUUUCACCCUUCACCUCAUCACUCAAUCGCCUCAUCUGUCUGCAACACUUACUGUCGCAGACUUCGUCCGGUUCACAUCUCUUGCCGCCGAAGUCAAACAUCGCGCAGGCGCUUCCUUACGUCUCACAGCCACUCGAUUACCUUUGUCAACCUUCCUGGAUGCAGCUCUAUCCGUUCAAUUCCCCAAACAACUUACAGGCGACUUAUGGCGACUAUUAUUCCCCCUUUUACCGAUGUGCCGAAUCAAUACCGACACCUUGAUCCGCGAGUUUGGUACUCAAGAGGAUUUGACCCCCAAGUUACCUGAACAAUUCCUACGUUCACCUUUGUCACAUUGUAUUGUAUGCACACCCAACCAUUCCUACCCCUUACAUGUUCACUCCUGCGUCAAUGGUUAUCUUCACGACCUCGACGGGGUCCACACGGUUCAAACCAUUGUUCUCAACUGCUCAAACCCAAAGUGCACCACUGUAUACCGUCCCAGUUAUUACAGCCAAGAUGGGUGUUGGUUCUACUACACCGAGGCAAUGGGACGCGAUCGAGAUUACCUCCACAUCAACACUCAUUACUACAUGAGUCAACGUUUGUCCUACACGUUCCGGGUAUUGCAGAUGUUAGGCCACCAAUUUCACACCGGGUCAAUUGUUUACCACGUCGAUGUCCGAAGAGGAGUGUCGGAACGGUCUGAUGCUCCACUCAUUAAUGAAGCAUGCGGAUCGAAGAGGAACCCAGCUGGUGGUCAGCUCCAGUGGCACCGACAACAUUCGCUUCGAGUCUGCAAUCAAAUCUCACCUCGACCAACUGCUCAUCGAAGGCUCGAAGUAUUGCGACCAUUAUUGCUCCUCUUGUGUCCGUUUCUUACCAGAUGGCGUAGACCCAGUCUCCGGGGAAGCAUAUUACAAGUCCAUACGUGCUGUGGUCACGGAUGGGCUCACGAUUGGGCACUGGCGGUGCAGUGCAUCGUCAGGCCAACUGCGAGAGCUCGCUGA